UUGUUUCUGAAAAUUGAAAUUUUUUUAUUGCUUAUAAUUAGAAAUAUUAUGUUUGGUGAAUUGCUAAUUUAGAGUCCUAGAGCCCUUCAAUAAUGCAAGCUCAUAUGAUCCUGAUACUGAUUGCUCAAGAUCCAAUGCGUGCAUUUUAAUCUUGUAUCUUUGUAUGCUAAGGAGGAUUCAUUGUUAAGAUGCUUUAGACACUUGUUGAUUUCAGAAAGGAAGAAAAAAAAAUGUGUGACUCUGAGUGCAAUCGGACAACCUCACUACUGAGUCUUAGUCUUUUGUCCCACCAUUUUGUAUCACUAUAUGUUACUCAUCAACAUACAUGUUACACGAGUCGAGGACACGUUUCCUUCAGCUGCCAUCUUAUCACUGCACCACAAAUUGACAAUCUACCCACAGAAUUAUGUGAAUUGUAUUAACCAUUAAUGCACACCUAAUAAAAAGUUUUGUUAUUAAUUGAUGAAUCAACCAAUCCUGGCAGCCUGUCACUUUAUCUGUGGCAUUUAAUUAACUAAAAAACUUUAUGUUACAUUAGCUAGAUAGUUUUUUUUUUUUUUUUUUUUUGUGUGUGUGUGUGUGUGUGUGAAGCGCAAAUGGAUCCCAUGAGCUUUUCCAUUGAACCAGCAAAAGAGCUACUGAGUGCACAAACUCAUAUAUGGAAUCAUAUUUACUCUUAUAUAAGCCCCAUGGCAUUGAAGUGUGCAAUUCAGCUAGGCAUCCCAGAUGCCAUUCAAAAGCAUGGCAAGCCUAUGACUCUUAAGGAGUUAGCUAUUUCAUUGUCACUCCAUCCAAACAAGGCUCUUUCUCUAGGUCGGUUAAUGCGCCUUCUUGUUCAUUCCAAGUUCUUUUCUAAUCAAAUAUUAUCAAGUAGUGAAGAAGCUUAUGAUCUCACCGUAAACUCCCAACUUUUAUUGAAGGAUCACCCUCUCACCCUAGCUCCUUUUGCGCUUAUGGUACUUGAUCCAAUCUUUGUUGAAUCGUCACAUAAAUUCUCUUGUUGGUUUCAAAAUGAAGAUGACAAUCCUUUUCAUACUGCUCAUAGAAAGAGUAUAUGGGCAUAUAUCUCCUGUGUACCCGACUUUAACAAGCUUUUCAAUGACGCUAUGGCCAGUGAUACUCAAUUUGUAGUGAGCUUGUUGAUGUCUAAUGAUGAGUUCAGGGGCUUAUUGGUGGGGAUUAAGUCGUUGGUUGAUGUUGGUGGCGGCAAUGGAACCAUGGCUAAGGCCAUUGCUAAGCUCUUCCCUGAGUUAACGUGUGUCGUGUUUGAUCUCCCACAUGUGGUUCAGGGCUUAACAUGGUAUGACAAAAACCCAAUAUAUGUUGAAGGUGAUAUGUUUGAGGCUAUUCCUCCUGCUCAAGUUGUCUUACUCAAGUGCAUAUUGCAUAAUUGGAGUGAUGAACAUUGCAUAAAAAUACUUGAGCGAUGCAAAGAGGCUAUUCCUAGCAAAAGUGGAGGUGGCAAGAUAAUUAUCAUUGAUAUGGUGGUGGAGAACAAUAAUGAUAAUAACAUUCCCAAUUACUUGAAUUUGCAGAUUUUGUUGGACUUGCAGAUGAUGAAUAUUACCGCUGGGGGCAAGGAAAGAACUGAAGAGGAAUGGAGAAAGUUGUUUAUCAGUGCUGGUUUGAAUGACUAUAAGAUAUCUCGUAAUCUAGGGUCAAGGUCUGUUAUUGAGGUCUAUCCCUUUUAAGAUUUUAGACGUGCAUGAUGUUCGUAAAAUUAUUUCAUAGUUAAGGUGCAAUGUUUAUGUUGUUUAAUUUUUAUAGUUAAAAUAAUCCAAAUGAUUUCAUUAUUACUU